AUGCUUUCGCCCAGGGUGCCAUGGACUUCGUCCGGCUCGUCCUAAGGACUUCGUCCGUACACGGGCUGUCCCAAAUCGCCGCGAGGAACCGGCACCCUUCCGAGACCGUGGUCUGGAUUGUAACCUCCAUCUGCGGCCUAUAUGGAGCGAUUUGGCUUUGCCAGUCGACGAUGCACCGCUUCGAGGAGAAUCCGACGGUCAUCUCUUUGGAACGUAAUUACAAAGAAUGGAACACCACUUUCCCCGCGAGUACCAUUUGUCCGAAGACAAAGACCAAAGAGGACAUAGAGAACGUUGUCUCUAAAUGGUUUCCAAGUGCGGACAACGCGACAGAGGCGGAACGUUGGCUUCGAGACCUCUCAAACGCUACAUAUACGAAUUUCGCUAAAAUGGAAAAUUACUCUCCGGCAAUCAGGCCUGAGAAUUAUUUGGAUGCAGUUUUGGACGCGAAGCUACAGUUUCGAUACGUACUGAGCAACAGCAACUCGGAUGCGGCCGAUCUCGUUCCUACAUUCACAGAGCUGGGCCUAUGUUACUCGUACAACUCACAAGUCGCGAUUUACAACAACCCUGAGUACUGGAGGCAGAACAAUUUCACUUUCGUCGAGGUUGGAGAUCUUUUCAAGGGGAACCCUUUGGAAGGCGAUAUCUUCGCGCAAGUCAUGGAGAUGAACAGCGGAUUCAAAGUGUUCGUCCAUAGCCCUUCAGAGGUUGCAGAAAUAGCGAGCUCUUCUAGAGAGUCACCUCCCAAGUUUUACAUGUCGCUGGACCUCGUUGCUUUGACCAUAUACUCCACAGAGCAGACGAAAAGCCUCAGAAUAUCCCAGAGAAAGUGUCGUUUCCUCGAUGAAGGCAAUCUGAAGAUAAGCCCAGCCUACACGUACAAACUCUGCAGAAUCGAGUGCAGGAUGAAACUUGCCAACAGGCUUUGCGGUUGCGUCCCUUAUUUUUACAGGAAAACUGAUUUGAAAAUAUGCGACGUCAACGGCAUGCUUUGUCUCGCAAAAUAUAAAGAGAGACUGCUUAAGCUGCUACACGACGGAGUGAAAGAACAAUGUCAAUGCGUCCCUCCUUGCAAUGACGUUAAUUAUUCAAUACACGGAGACAGCCUCUCGCCAUGGUUUCUCGGCACUAAUUUCAAAUACGGACUGAUUAAGUAUCCAAGAAGCCGGUUGAAAAGAGACGUGUUCUUUUCAUUCAACGACCUCCUGAUCCAAUUUGGUGGUACUGUGGGGCUCUGCUUGGGAUGCAGCGUUCUAAGUUGCAUUGAGUUCGUCUACUUCUUUACCCUGCGCUUAUUCUUAUUUGUAACUCAUAAAAUCAACGAGAAUAAACGUUUUCCUCAUAAACAUCAAAGCUUUCGUUGAGAUUAAACAUUUCAACUUUAGUAUGCGAGAGUGUUCGUCGCAUGCACAUGUAAUAAGUUUUUCAACAUAAAUAAACGGCGUUAUGUAGAAAUGUAUAGUUUUAUGUCAUGUGGAUAAAGAAAU